CAGCCUCCUCUAGCGCCCCCACUCCACACAGCUGGCGCCCCCGCCCUCCGCACGCGGUUUCCUGCUCCUCCCUCCUCUCCCAGCUCCAGCUGUUUCUCUGUCUGAGUUCUGUCCCUGUCCCACACAGAACUCUGGGCAGAGUGAGGCUGUCAGGAUGUUGCUGGGGGUGCUGUGCUCCGCGGGGCUCAGAGGAAAUCUUGCAUGAAUGGAUGAAAUGCUUCCAAGCAAACAGCCCCUACCAGCACAGCUGUGUGACCCCGAGAAAGAAGCCAGGGCGCGAGCGGCCUGAAGCCACAGGACCCCGAGGGGGAGACCCGGGAGAAGGUGUUUCCAGCUGUGUGUAGUGACCAGCUGGCUGGGGACUCACACUGGAGUUCUAUUCUGCAACAGUGAACUGUGAAGGUCUCCAAAGAGAUGGAGUACUACUACAACGAUUCCAGCAGUUACGAUGAUGAGUACUCUGACGGCUUCGACACCAUUAUGGAUUUGGAGGAGGUGAACCCGCUGGAGGCCAAGGUGGUGGCCCGCGUCUUCCUGGUGGUGAUCUACAGCGUGGUGUGCUUCCUUGGGAUCCUAGGCAACGGCCUGGUGAUUGUCAUUGCCACGCUCAAGAUGAAGAAGACAGUGAACACGGUGUGGUUCGUCAACCUGGCAGUGGCUGACUUCCUGUUCAACAUCUUCCUGCCGAUCCACAUCACCUACACCGCCAUGGACUACCACUGGGUGUUCGGGAAGGCCAUGUGCAAGAUCAGCAGCUUUUUGCUCAGCCACAACAUGUACACCAGCGUGUUCCUGCUCACGGUCAUCAGCUUUGACCGCUGCAUCUCUGUGCUGCUUCCGGUCUGGUCGCAGAACCACCGCAGUGUCCGGCUGGCCUACAUGACCUGUGUGGUCGUCUGGGUCCUGGCUUUCUUCUUGAGUUCCCCGUCUCUUAUCUUCCGGGACACAAGCCACGUGCAUGGGAAAACAACCUGCUUCAACAACUUCAGCUUGUCUGCCCCCGAGUCGUUCCCACACUCCGCUCACUCCCGAAUGGAUCCUGCAGGGUUCAGUAGACUCAUGGUGGUCACCAUCACCCGCUUCCUUUGUGGCUUCCUGGUCCCCGUCUGCAUCAUCACGGCCUGUUAUCUCACCAUUGUCUUCAAGCUCCAGCGCAACCGCCUCGCCAAGACCAAGAAGCCCUUCAAGAUCAUCAUCACCAUCAUCGUCACCUUCUUCCUGUGCUGGUGCCCCUACCACACCCUCUACCUGCUGGAGCUCCACCACACGGCUGUGCCGGCCUCUGUCUUCAGCCUGGGACUGCCCCUGGCCACUGCCAUCGCCAUCGCCAACAGCUGCAUGAAUCCCAUUCUCUAUGUCUUCAUGGGGCAUGACUUCAAGAAGUUCAAAGUGACUCUCUUCUCCCGCUUGGUCAAUGCCCUGAGUGAGGACACGGGACCCACCUCUUACCCUAGUCACAGGAGCUUCACCAAGAUGUCAUCACUGAACGAGAAGCCCUCCGUGAAUGAGAAGGAGACCAGCGCACUCUGAGCCUUACUUGGGAAUGCCCCCAUGGGUGCGGCAGCCCGGGGACAACCAGGGACUUGUCUCCUGAAGUGGGAGACGUGGUGGGAGCCUUUCUGGUAUGCUCCGAUGCCCAGUACAUUUUGUACAAGGUGACUCAUGUUUUGAGUGGGAUUCCAGAGUGUGGACACUCUUCCAGCAAAGUAGAAGGCAGAUCAAGCCGAACCUCUGGAGCGGGAGGAGUAGGGGACCAGCUUUGACUGACUCAGAAGAGGGCAGAGUUCUCCAAAGCCAAGGCCUGAACUGGGAUCAACAUUUAGGCACCAGAUUUCCCUAUGUGUGCUGCGUAAUCUCUGGUGUGGGCGAGGAAGUCAGAGCAAACCCAUUGCAGACCUGCUACAGCCACACCACAGACAGCCAAGCCAGCAAGCCAACCCUCUACCCCCACCCCGGCAUCCUCCAAGACCUUGACUUGGGAUUUGAGAUGAGCUUGGAAGACCAGGACCUCAGGGGCUGCGUGGAACCCUGCAAGGGCAAGGCGGGAGGGCUGUGGGUGGUGGUAAAGAAAUGGAGGGGAGCAGAAACCCCAAAGGAUAUGGGCACAGAACAUCUCCGCAGCGUGCCACAGGGAGACGGUGCUCUAGGUUGUGGAUGCCUGGGGUUCAGGUGGUGGCCGCCCUUUGCUUCAGCGCCUAUAUGUACCUGGCAUUGUAACCUGAGGCUGGGGUGGGAACUUCUUCACAGAAGUUGUUCACUCCAUCCCAGGGUCUCUUCUCUCCUUCCCUAGUCCUGCCAACUCUGGCUGGAAGGUCUUAGAAUACACCUUCCUGGGUGGAGGGGGGAGAGUGGAGGGGGGAGGGGUCAUCUUCCCCACCCAUCCCCUUUCAGCUUUCCUGGUCUAGAACGGAAUUUUGAGACCCCAGCCUUGGAGCAUCUCCCGAAGGCUGUCUCUGGGGGCUGGGCUGUGAAGCUGACUAGCUAAUCUGAUUCUCCCUUGAACCACACUUCUUCCCAGGUGAGGCAUCUCUGCUCUGUGGGCAGCCUAUGGGCAGGCUUUCCUCCCCAAAUCAGACACUUUCUCCUGGCAGGGAAGCCAAGGCUUGGGGAAGGAAAAUGACUCACCCAACACCACACACUCCUAGUCGGGGACAAAGACCUGAGCCCGGCUCUGCCUGGCUAACUUCAUUUCUUCUCUGAGGAUUUGAUAGCCUGCUUGGUUUGACAUUUCCCCACGCAUGUGGAGUGUUUCACAUCUAUCUUCUCAUUUGUUCUUCACAGAAACCCCCCAAGUUAGGUCCUUAUACAUAUGAGGAAUCAGAGGCUCAGAGAGGUUGAGUAACCGGCCCAAGGGGACCCAGUUAGAUGCUGGCAGACUGGAUUUGAACCUCAGUUUCCUUGGCUCAGAAGAGGAUGUAGUUAGGAAGGACUAGUGGGUUUGGGGUUUUAGCCAUAAAUACUGGUUCUUCAGUG